AUGGUGGCUGUCUUGAAGCAGUUAUUUGUGUCCCUGUCUGCUGGAUGUUGUUACAAACUGAUGCACCUGAACCUGGCCAGGAAUCCUUUCAGCCACAGAAAGGUGCGGGAGGUGACCAGGAGCAUCCAAGAGUUCUUCAGUCAGAGCUGUGAGCUAAAAUAUGUGGGCCUAUCUGCAACCAAACUACCUCCACAAGCCCUCAGGUUGUUACUACAGGGUCUGGCAACCAACACUCGUCUCUUUGGGCUAGAGUUGGACCUCAGUAGCUGUGAGCUCCGUUCAGCAGGGGCCCAGGUAAUACAGGAGCACAUCUCUGAAGCUACAGUUAUUAGAAGUCUGGAUAUUUCUGACAACGGUUUUGAGAAUGAUAUGGUGACUCUGGUUCUGUCCGUCGGUCGAUGCCGCUCUCUUCGACACCUCGCACUUGGGAGAAACUUUGCCUUGAAGUCAAGAGCUCUCACUGAUGUUCUUCAUCGUAUAGCUCAGCUCAUUCAGGACGAAGAGUGUCCCUUGCUUUCUCUAUCAGUGUGUGACUCCAAACUGAAGACAGGGAUGCACAUCCUGCUGAGUGCUCUGGGUGGCCACGCUGCUCUGGCUGAAGUAGACAUCAGUGGAAACAACAUCGGCGACACUGGAGCCAAAAUGCUGGCCAAAGCCCUGAUGAGUAACACCAGACUGAGGUCUCUAGCAUGGGACAGAAACAAUGUAACUGCCAGAGGUUUCCAGGAUGUGGCUGAUGCCUUGGAGAGGAACUUCACUCUGCAGCAGGUAUCAUUCCCCCUGGCUGAUAUCACACAAAGUUACCGUAGCAACCCUGAAAGAACAAAAGAGGCCCUGUACAAGAUUCAGCAGUGUUUAGACAGAAACAACCAGAGACAGUCUGACAGAGUGGAACUGCAGCAAGUGUUUAGAGCUCAACAAUCUGAAAAGCGGAUCCAGGGUAUGUGUCAGCAGUUGGAGGACAGCCUUCAACGUUUAAAUCACUGCAACAUUCCGGAAGUCCAGGGUGACAUAAUGACAGUACAUGAGGUGCUGCAUAAUGCCAGGGAGUCCUUCAAGCUGCUUCCAUCCCUCUAUGAGGCAGGCAGGAAGUGUGCUUCUGAUGGAGACUUGGUGAACUGCAUCCUCACAGACAGUGCUACUGCACUGACUAAUGAGUUCAAUAAAAGCAUAGAGGAGUUGGCUCAAGGCCUGAUGAGGUGUGCAGAGGCAGUGUGUCCACGGGUGGUCCAGCGGUCUAGUGUGUUUGAGUCUCUGUCAGACUGUGUGUCCAAAAGAAGUAGACAGACACACUCAUUCCUGAGAAGCACCCUGGUGGAGAACACAGGGCAGAUCAUCAGCAACAGACUGCGUGAACUGAGACAAACACUGAGUGUCUCUCUGGCUGAAUGCAUCAUAGAACAGAUACUACAGGAUCUAACAAUGGCACAGGACAAAAUGGAUUGCCUUAUAAAAGAGAAUUCAUGCAUUACUCUGAGAAUCAACAUCCCGGAGCUCCGACUGGUUGACAGCGACUUCCCAACUGAUGAUUAUAGUCCAGCAUUUUGGAGAAAUAGUUUCCACUCCAAGAGCCUGAGGCCUGCUCCUUCAAUUAAGAGUCUCCUGGAUGUAGACUGGGAGCAGCAGACCAGGGACAGAGGAGCAGAGAGAGAAAGGGGAGGAGGUGCUGGAGAAGAAGGAGGAGGAGGAAGGUGUGGCCUCCUUUGGUUGCCAUCAGCAAUACCCCUGACAGUCACAGCCUCAAAUCCCUCCCCUUCCACUUCCCCGUCCCCCUCCCCCCCAGGACGGAGGCGGAGGGAGGGGGAGGAUUGCAUGCAUGCUGCAGCAGUAAUACCAGAAGCAAGAAGAGCAUCGCUCAUUCCUCCUCCCAGACUCCCCAUCCUUUACUCCACUUCCGCUCGAGCUCCAGAGGAGGAGGCUGCUGGCUGCGGAGGCUUACCCAGACGGAAGGCUCCCUUCUCUGGCUACGGCCCCAGCCCAGGCCCCGUCCCCGGCUCUGGAUCCCCCGCUUCUCCCAUGGAGCCUCUACCCACCCAGGGACAGACUCUAAGGCACUACACCGCCUCCCGACCACGGCCGCGACGCACACACACACAGCCCCCCUCCCCCAGGCCUCAGGCAUGUAUGUAUUACCACAGUAAAAGGCGGAAAGCAGGAUGCAAGGACGGAAAGAUGUGA